ACUUUGUACAGCAAUACACUAAUUUGCUAUGGCGAUCAGUGCUUCGCCUUUCGAGCGAAACGGCGAUUUUUUUUUACAGAAGACGACGACGUCGAAGAGCGGCGAGCACGAGCACACGCGGCGCAAACAAAUGAAACAAAGAAAAAAAUUUACCAAUCUGCAAAUCCCACGCAGCUCCAAAGAACCAAUCAAAACGCGGAGCUCCGAAGAUCACCAAUCCUGGAACGACACAUCGUGGACCAGAAGAGAGAAUAAAGCCAAAGCGCGUCGUCAGCAGCAUCAGAUCGCAGACCGCAAGAGAAUAAACCCCCUCCACCCUUUCAGUGGAAGACAUGGCUGCCGUAGCCGUUGUAUCGAGCUUCUUGAGUGCGGUGGCGACUUUCUACAACAGAAGGAGCAUUGAAGAAACAUUGCUCUCCUGGCUGCGUAGCCCAUCAGUAGAGGUGUGGCUCGGUCAAACAGCGACUGAAGUGAUCGCUGCCCUAAUCAAGAAAGGACAUGCAGCGGCGAAUCAAAAGGAGGUGGUGAGCGCGCUGACUUGGAGUGAUGCAGUGCUGCUCAUGUUAUCGGGCUUCGUGCUCGGUUUCUGCUGUGGGUGGUACUUCAGAGGCCCCCGGACGGCGACCCCAACCCCAGCCCAGCCCCUCCAACAACUUGUUGUACAAAACAUCAUACAAGUCGACAGACUUCAACAGGCUAUAAUAAGGGGCCGAAGGAGUUCCAGCCAACCACCGCGCCAGAGAAAGAAAGGCCGAAGAAGCGGCAGAAGACGACGACGUCGAAGAGCGGCAGGCACGAGGACUCGUGGCGCAAACAAAUGAAACAAAGAAAAAAUUGACCAAUCUGCAAAUCCCACGCAGCUUCAAAGAACCAAUCAAAACGCGGAGCUCCGAAGACCACCAAUCCUGGAACGACACACCGUGGAGCAGAAGAGAGAAUAAAGCCGAAGCGCGUCGUCAGCAGCAUCAGAUCGCCGACCUGUCCUGUCCUGUCCUCCACCCUCUCGUACGUCUGCCGUCUGUCUCCCAGCCCCAGUCUGUAGAGUCGAAGACAUGGCAGCACUCAUCCUAGCUUCGAGCCUUUUCAGCGCGGUCACCACCUUCUACAAUAGGAACACCAUAGAGGAGACGCUGCUGUCCUGGCUGCGUAGCCCAUCAGUAGAGGUGUGGCUCGGUGAAACAGCGACUGAAGUGAUCGCUGCCCUAAUCAAGAAAGGACAUGCAGCGGCGAAUCAAAAGGAGGUGGUGAGCGCGCUGACCUGGAGUGAUGCAGUGCUGCUCAUGUUAUCGGGCUUCGUGCUCGGUUUCUGCUGUGGCUGGUACUUCAGAGGCCCCCGGACGGCGACCCCAAUCACAGCCCAGCCCCUACAACAACUUGUUGUUCAAAACAUCAUACAAGUUGACAGACUUCAACAGGCCAUAAUAAGGGGCCGAAGGAGGAGCGCCAGCCAGCCAGCGUGCCACAGAAGGAGACAAACUACCUGGAGACUAACCUGGCUGUGGUUCUGGCGUCAAGCCUUUUCAGCGCCAUCACGACGUUUUACAACAGAAGGGCCAUCGAGAAUGCGUCGUUCUCGUGGAAGACGACGACGUCGAAGAGCGGCAGGCACGAGGACUCGUGGCGCAAACAAAUGAAACAAAGAAAAAAUUGACCAAUCUGCAAAUCCCACGCAGCUUCAAAGAACCAAUCAAAACGCGGAGCUCCGAAGACCACCAAUCCUGGAACGACACACCGUGGAGCAGAAGAGAGAAUAAAGCCGAAGCGCGUCGUCAGCAGCAUCAGAUCGCCGACCUGUCCUGUCCUGUCCUCCACCCUCUCGUACGUCUGCCGUCUGUCUCCCAGCCCCAGUCUGUAGAGUCGAAGACAUGGCAGCACUCAUCCUAGCUUCGAGCCUUUUCAGCGCGGUCACCACCUUCUACAAUAGGAACACCAUAGAGGAGACGCUGCUGUCCUGGCUGCGUAGCUCCUCACUAGAAGUGUGGCUCGGUCACCCAACAACUGAACUGAUCGCCGCCAUAAUCAAGAAAGGACAUUCAGCGGCGAAUCAAAAGGAGGGGCUGAUAGCGCUGACCUGGAUAAAUUCACUCCUGCUCGUGUUAACGGGCUUUUUCCUCGGCUGGUUUUGUGGAUGGCACUGCAGAGGCUCCCAGACGGCGACAACCACCGCCGAGCCCCUGCAGCAACUUGUGGUUCGAAAUAUCAUCCAGGUUGACAGGCUCCAACAAGCCACCAUAAGGGUACGUAGCAGGAGCGCCGGGGAGCCAGCGCGCCACAGGAGGAGACGCCGUAGGCGCAGCCACUCAAGUGCCUGAAAACACAGACUUGCGGCGUUUUUUUUUCUUUUCUUGCUCUUUAUUAAAAAAAUUCAGUGCUUCAUGUGCAA